AUUCUCCAAUCGUUGCCAGCCGACCGCGAUCGUAGCGAAAGCCAUGAAGGUGUACGCGCUCCAGCUCCUGCUCCUCGUGGCGGUGCUCGCCGCCCCCUGCACGACGGUGGUGUCCCGGGCGUCCGGCGGCGCAGGGCCGCCGGCGAGGUGCAACCCGCUGGCGCUGCGCCCGUGCGCCGCGGCGGUCAUCUAUGGCGCGCGGCCGUCCGGCGAGUGCUGCGCCAAGGUCAGGGAGCUGGAGCCGUGCCUGUGCGGGUACAGUAGGAACCCCGACCUGAGGAGGUACAUCAACUCUCGGGAGGGCAGGAGGGUCGCGGCCGUCUGCCGUGUCCGGAGGCUCAGGUGCUAGGUUCGUGCGUCGUGUCCGUCUGUAACCGUUAACCGAUUCCAUGCGAUCUGAUGCGACGCCUCUAUGUAAUCUGGAUCUCCGUGUCUCUUUCUACCAUGUGACGUGCAGUUAGAUGGUGUGGACUAUUUGGUUACUUCGUGCACUCUGUUAGUUCAUUAUUUGUUCCCCGUGCUGUGUGGCAAACCGUUCAA